UUGAUGCCAAAGUGUUGGGAAUUAACUUAUAUUUGAAAAGCUAACAUUAUAUGUUCUUAUUACUUCCUAAAAUAAUAGACAUUGUUCAUUUAAAAUUAGGUAAACUACUGGACUUAUGCCUCAAGAGUUCAAUGUUUUACAGUGCUACAAGUGUGAAACAUUUCAAGUCCAUCAAGUGAAAAAAGCUACAAAAUGGAACUGUAAAUUAUGUGGUGAAAAACAGUCCAUUAAAAAGGUAUGUGGAAGAGGAUCUGGUUAUGAUUGUAGACAGCAUGUACAGAAACUAAACUUAUUACGAGCUGAACAAGGAAACAGGGAUGAAACCCAGUUUAACUCCUCAACAGAUGUUGAUCAAAACAGGUGUUCAUUGAAACAGUAUGAUGAUGAUGAUAAUGACUUUGAAAGGAUUGAAAAACUACCUCAAAUAGAAUCAGGGAAGUGGUCAAAGUAUGUUGAUAUUACAGAAGAAAUGGGAGAUAACUCAGAAACAACAGAUCAGCCUGAUGAGUUAGGAGAAGAAAUGUACACUACAGAUAAAAGUGAAUAUGACGGUUUUCAAAAACAAAAAAGAAUGGCUAGAAAAAGAAACUGGCAACAAAAUUCCAAAAGAAGUGAUGAAUAUGCUGAAAACAAUCCUACAUCAUCUGCCAACAAUUUUAGGGCAAACCAUCCUUUCAAAGAUCAAAAUGUUGCUAUGGAUACAGCUUCUGACGAGAAUAUAUACAACAAAAUCAAAAGUAGAAAUAAUCUUUAUAAUCACAAAACAGAUAAACCUUUUGGAGGAGCUAGUCAACAAAAUGUUUCUAGUUUUACAGGUCAUAAUGCAAAGGUUAGAGGUUACACAUCUGAAUUCACUCCAGAUAUUAAUGACACAAAGAUAAACAAUUCAUUAAAAUUUACAGAUAUUUUUGAAUCCAGGAUAAAUCAAGACAAAACAGCAAAGUCAAAGGAAUCCACAAAAACAAUUGAAGCAAAGAGUUCUAAAUGGGGACAAUUUGUCGAGGACGAGACCAUGAGCUCUAGUGAUGAUAGCGAUGAUGAACAGGGCAUAUAUUUUACUGUUAAUCCCGUCGAAAAGUUUCAGGAAUCUCAGUCAUCACAAGAAGAAGAGUCCGACUCUUCAAAUUGUCAAAAAUAUUUUCAUCAUAAAACUGAGAGGUCACCUAAAGGGUUUGUCACAAACAAAUUUCCUGCCUUCAAGAAAGAAGAGUUAUUUUCUCCCCAAGUCAUGAAUGGGGUCAAAUUGUCCCAAGACAUUGUUACUAAUUUUUCAAGUCAUGUCUUAUAUCCUAUAAAUACCAAUACUAAUGCAACAGGUUCUAUUAUGAAAAAGGGAGGUAACUCAGCAAACAAACAAAAUUUUCCUCUCAGCAAUAAUGCAGAUGACACAGAAAUCAUCAUGAAUUCUAACGAGAAAUUGCCAGGUACAAAACAUUUGUUUAAAGUUGAUGACUUGAAUGAUGAGGACUUAGAUUUUGAAAUUUGAUAGAGUUCAAAAUAUUUGAUGUUAAUGAAUGAAUAAAUUAUCAGUUU